UGAAAUUGUCUGCUUGUCCUGGUCAUUUGUAGUAAAUAAUGUUUCCAUAAUUUCGUAAAAGCACUAUUGCUAAUGCGCAUUUAAUAUACACGACGACUUUUUUUAGAAUAGAAGAUGACAUUAUGACAUGACGAAUCAAACCCUUAUACCAAGUCAUCGUAAUCACCUUUUUGGGAUUAGAUGGGAUAAAUGCCUUUCUCUAAUCUCUAAGUUAACACUGUCCUCACACAAGCUCUGCAAUUAAAAGUCGGGCGAGGGGGAGCUUACAUGCUUUAGUUUGAUGUUCAUUUAUCAAUCAUUUUGUUUUUAUGUCCAGAAUAUUGUUAUUUGUCAAUGGCCAUUUUUAUAUUAGAGACGUUUAAUGCUUCUGGAUGAACUUGGGCAAGAAAUUUUUGUUCGUAUGGUUAUGCGUCUUCAGUGUAAAGACGGCACAAGACGCAUUAUACGUCACGACUAAUAAUCAAUGGUUAUGCGUCUUUAGUGUAAAGACGGGCACAAGACGCAUUAUACGUCACGACGAAUAAUCAAUGGUUAUGCGUCUUCAGUGUAAAGACGGGCACAAGACGCAUUAUACGUCACGACGAAUAAUCAAUGGUUAUGCGUCUUCAGUGUAAAGACGGGCACAAGACGCAUUAUACGUCACGACGAAUAAUAAAUGGUUAUGCGUCUUCAGUGUAAAGACGGGCACAAGACGCAUUAUACGUCACGACGAAUAAUCAAUGGUUAUGCGUCUUCAGUGUAAAGACGGACACAAGACGCAUUAUACGUCACGACGAAUAAUCAAUGUUUAUGCGUCUUCAGUGUAAAGACGGACACAAGACGCAUUAUACGUCACGACGAAUAAUCAAUGGUUAUUCGUGUCUGUAGACAAAGAAUCGAACAUAGGUCGUCUAGUCGUAUAAUGCGUCAGUCUGUAUAAACACGGCACUUAGACGAAUAACUAAAUAAAGUGAGAGAGAUUAUUCUCCAAAAAUCAAUAAGUUUUUCUCGUAAUUAUCAAGUUGUUCAUCUGAUACUUCAUUGUGCUUACAAUUUGUUAACAUGACACAGCGAUUGAUCGCAAACCUUUCUGACCGGUGAGAGAUGACGUCAUAUCAUGGUGGAUCUUCCAGAUUAAGAGAUCGAUAAGGCAGUUCGUUCUUCGCCUUAGCACAAUCAAGAUUCAAAAUGAAUUCUCAAAGCUACAAUACAUUUUAUAAAAAAAGAAAAAACUGACAUCUUUGUUGCCGGCGCCAAGCAUUAAAAAAUAAAUAUUAAAGCAUCCUGAAACGAAGAAUAUAAAAAUCAGAUUUAAUGAUUAGGAUUUCAACUUUUAAGUCCGAACGCUAUUUUUAAGUAUCUCUGAUCAUUGAGAUGUGACAAAAUUAACCUUCUUACCUAGUAUCAGUCGUCAAAAAUCUUUAUUGGAAAAGUUGUCGUUCAUAAUCUUAAUUUAUUUGAGCUAUCUUAUUGGUAAAAAUGGUAUUACAUAUUUUGUCUGGCUGCCUCAACUUUGCGUUUAUUAAUAGUUUAGUUUUCCAGAACAUUUCAAUAAUUCAAAUAAAUAUAUGUAAACUGUGUAUAAGGUGCAUAUAUAAACUGUGUAUUGAUUUUCUUAACUUCCUAAAUUAUAAAUCUUUAAUUUUUGAGCUAUCUUACUUGUAAAAGGCUGGCUGCCCCGUCUUCCUUUAUGGUUAUUUCAGUUAGUUUUCAUGUAAUUCAGGAUGUUCAAUAAUUGAAAUAAGUAAUAGUAAAUUGUGAAAGGUUUAUUGGCAUAAAGCCUCCAAGUCAAAACUUCUUUGUGUUUAAUUCAGUCAUAGCUAAAAUAAGAAACUUGCAUUUCAUAUUCUAUUGGGUGUGAACAGAAUUCAAUAUUUUACAAUAAAAACAGCAGGUGAUUAAAUUCAAGCAUUUAUUUAACAUUCCAAUUUCUUUAUUAUCAAGCAAAAGCAAACACAUCAAGUAGUUGGUUCCGUCGUUAUUAAUCUUUCUGAAUUUGUGAAGAGACGCAAUAGAUUUAUACACAAGCUCUACGAGUACAAAUCAUCAAAACGCGAUGCCUUAUAAUAAAUUACUGCUCGCUCUAUUUCAAUUUUUGACGAACAAAGCCCGAGAUACUGCAGCAGACAGGCUAGAAAACGGUGACGUUGGUAAUGAAGGAUUUCGCGAAUUUAUUAUACGAGAUUUACACGACAUCAAAACAAAGCUAAAUAAUCUUUCGAAAAUAGACCUUUCUUCCAGUUUGAACUACUUGGAGGAAGGAUUUCUUCUAUUUUUUAAAUGCAUUGACAAAGUAGAAAGUGAUAAAGAAUGUGUAGAAGCAAGUAAUAAUGAUGAGUCUCAGGCAGCUUGUACUGCCAUCACCACCAGUGCAAUACAACAUUCAAAGGAUUUUGAAAUGGCAAAAAAACUAUUUGAAAAAUCCCGUGAUAAAGCAACGGAUGUUUUCAACAACAAAAAUUUAAGCUUGGAGGACAGAAUAUUUGCCAUUUUUGUUAAGAUCAUGGCACAAAUUUUUGAAUGCCCGGAGCGUCAAGAGAUUGUCAUUGAUUUAUGUUUAUCUUAUAUAAAAAGGCUGCAUGAAUUGGACGGUGUUCGUCAAAUGUUCUCUGUUUCUAUCGGUGGUGGCAUGAGAGCGAUGUUCAAAAAAUCCCAAAGAAUGGAAAACAUGAAAUCUGUCAUUCUUCUCAACCAUCAUUUAUAUCAGUUCAUUGCAAGGAUCAACAACAAUCAUGAUCAUUUAUCAACUUGGCCAAGUAUUGAACUUGGAGACGGAAAAAUGUUUAAUCCAAUACAGGACUGGCGCAAGGAAUUCGCUGUCGAGUCUUGGUAUAAAAUCUUGAUUGAAUCUUCCCAAGAAAUGGAAAAAAUGAAAACCAUGAUGUUUGAACUUUUGGACAAGAUGACUAUAAAUGAAAAUUUUUCUCCAACAUUGACAUCACCUGUUGAAUUAGUUAUGGAUUUAUUAAUAAAUGAUAUUUUGGUUGCUGGAGGCAACAGAAAGAGUGUUGAAAUUUUUUCAUGGAAGGAGGAGAAAUGGUUUAAAAUUGCAUCAAUGGAAAAUAACCACAGGUGUGCUUCAUCAUUUAUUUGUAAUGACAAUUUAUUUGUUGUUGGAGGAAGGGACUGCAAGUCAAUGGAAACAUUGAAUAUAAAACAAUUAACUUUGACAAGGAGGACAUUUCACACAGAGCUUCCUUAUGUAUUUCGGGGUCAUCAAACUGUUGUUUGUAAGGAACAAAUCCUUCACAUUGGAGGACGCAUUGAAGAACUCAUUGCAGUACUCAAUGAGAGCGAAGGAACAUCAGAUUUGAUCAGUGAAAUAAAGAUUACUGGUGCAACAUCUUAUGUUUUUAAAGAGUUGUGUCAUAUGCCUGAACCACGUUAUGGCCAUGGAGCUGUUGUUGAUGAUGAUAAAGUACUUAUUUUUGGGGGAAUGGGAAAAGAUAACCAAGUUUUGUCAAGUGUUUUGGAGUUUCAUCCAAGGACUCUUACAUUUAAAGAAAUGCCUCCAUUACCUCAUCCAUUGUAUGGAAUGGCAACAGUUCAAUGGAGAGAUCAAGUUGUUCUUCUUGGAGGUAAAGAUGAUGGAAGAGAAAAGUUGAACAGUGUUAUCAUGUAUGGCAGCAAUACAGGUAAGAUUACAGUCUUACCAUCCAUGUUGGAAAAGAGAAGUUGGUGUUGUGCAGUUAUAACUGGUGAAACAAUUGUUGUCAUGGGAGGUGUGGAAAAUUCAUGGAAAGAUCUUAAAUCAGUGGAGUGUUUCGAAAUGGGAAGCAGUUCUUCAUGGACACAUCUUCCUUCAAUGAACGAAUCACGAGAUGGAGCUAUUGCUGAAGUUUUGCCUUUUGGACAAAAGUAUGUCUAAGACACGAAAUUUCAUUAAGUUAUGUAACGUUAUAACUCAUCAAUGUUCGUUUGGACUACAUUGGAUGAUAAAUUUGUAAAAUUUAAAAUGUAUUGUUCAAAAGUUCAUAUAAUCAUUAACUAUUUUGAUAAAUUUCU